AAGGAGUAUGGCCUAGAUCCCAGAAUUCUCCAGUUCAGCCAGACAAGAUGCCUCCCAAGAUUAGGAAGGAGGGUGCUGGGAUGGUUGGGAGGAUGGUGGGCGAAUGGGUGUGGGAGGGGACAGGGAGGCAGUCAUGACCAGGAAACCAAGACAAAGGAGGUUGGGGGUGGGAUGGAGAGGCAGAGGGUCCCCAGGGUGAAGGGAAGAGGGUGAGAAAGAAUGUCACGGUGGGGACAAUGAUGGUUGGAUGGGCCUGCAGAUGGGUUACCGACAGGUUACCGUAGGGAGGGAAACACUGUCACAGACAGCAAGGGGACUGUUUCUGGCUAAGUCCCUGUCCUCUGGAACAGCAGAGUGAGGGAAGACCUCAGAGAAGAGAUAGGGCCACAGGCCAGGCAGUGAGUGUGGGUAGUGUGGGGUUUGAGAGGUGCUGUGGGCCCACAGUAGGGCAGAUCAGUUGAUGGGCGUUUUUUCCACGUUGUCAUCCUUAAAAGACAAGUCUUUAUCUUUCCGGCAGGAACGGAGUACUAGCCCAGUGGCCGGCCCAGGCCUCAGGCCCGGCCUCUGCCCCUCCCUGGCCUGGGGCUCCCGUCUUGGACCGGACAAGCACCUCCUGGUGCAGCCGCCCAGUGGCCGCCAGCAGCGGGGGGCUCCAGAUCCGCCUCUUCUCCCCUCUUCGCGCCCCCUGGUCCCUCCCCUCCCCCUCCCCCCUCCACUCCCCCUUCCCCUCCAGCCCCUCCCUCCUCCCCUGCCCCGUCCCAGCCCCUCCCUCCCCUCCCCCACUCGCGAUCCGGGCCGCUGCUGCUGGGCCGGACCCCCCGGGCUCAGCCCGGCCCCUCGCCGAGCUGCCGCCGCCGCCCCGUUUGCUGAGGAGGAGGCCCCCGGCCGGGGCGCCGGGCGCAGGGCAUAAAACGGGCCAGAGCUGGCGCCCAGGGCACUAGAGCCGCGUACGGCCCGGGUCAGCGCCCGCCCGCCCGCGCUCCUCCCGGCCGCUCCUCCCGCCCCGCCCGGCCCGGCGCCGACUCCCGCCGCCCGACGAGCCCCUCGCCGCACUGCCCGGGCCCUGGCCCCGGCCCCCUCCCGCCGUACCGCCCCCGGCCCGGCCUCCUACCACCUCCCUCCUCCCUCUCCUGCUCCCUCCUCCCUCCCGCCUCCCCAGCUGUCCCGUUCGCGUCAUGCCGAGCCUCCCGGCCCCGCCGGCCCCGCUGCUGCUCCUGGGGCUGCUGGUGCUCGGCUGCCGAACGGCCCACGGCACCGGACCCGAGCCCCCCGCGCUGCCCAUCCGGCCCGAGAAGGAGCCGCUGCCCAUUCGGGGAACGGCAGGAGCAGGACAGCGGCCGCCAGCCAAGCCCGUCCCCGCAGGCUGCUCCUUCGGCGGGAAGGUCUAUGCCUUGGACGAGACGUGGCACCCGGACCUAGGGGAGCCCUUCGGGGUGAUGCGCUGCGUGCUGUGCGCCUGCGAGGCGCAGCCUCAGUGGGGUCGCCGAGCCAGGGGCCCAGGCAGAGUCAGCUGCAAGAACAUCAAACCGGAGUGCCCAGCCUUGGCCUGCGUGCAGCCUCGGCUGCUGCCCGGACACUGCUGCCAGACCUGCCCCCAGGAGCGCAGCAGUCCUGAGAAGCCGCCAACGGGCCUGGCCUUCGAGUAUCCCCGGGACCCAGAGCACCGCAGCUACAGUGACCGCGGGGAGCUGGGCUCUGAGGAUCGGGGGAGAGGAGAUGGACACACGGACUUCGUGGCGCUGCUGACAGGACCUAGGUCGCAGGCCGUGGCACGGGCCCGGGUGUCUCUGCUGCGCUCCGGUUUGCGUUUCUCCAUCUCCUACAGACAGCUGGACCGCCCUACUCGAAUCCGCUUCUCAGACUCUGCCGGCAGCAUCCUGUUUGAACACCCUGCUGCCCCCACUCAAGAUGGCCUGGUCUGUGGGGUGUGGCGGGCAGUGCCUCGGUUGUCUCUGCGGCUCCUUAGGGCAGAACAGCUGCAUGUGGCGCUUGUGACGCCCACUCACCCCUCAGGGGAGGUCUGGGGGCCUCUCAUCCGGCACCGGGCCCUGGCUGCAGAGACCUUCAGUGCCAUCCUGACCCUAGAAGGCCCCCCACAGCCUGGCAUAGGGGGCAUCGCCCUCCUCACUCUCAGCGACACGGAGGACUCCUUGCAUUUCUUGCUGCUUUUCCGUGGACUGUUGGAAUCCAGGAGUGGGGGACCGGCCCAGGUACCCUUGCGGCUCCAGAUUCUAUACCAGGGGCAGCUACUGCGAGAGCUCCAGGCCAAUGCCUCAGUCCAGGAGCCAGGCUUUGCUGAGGUACUGCCCAACCUGACUGCCCAGGAGAUGGACUGGCUGGUGCUGGGGGAGCUCCAGAUGGCCCUGGAGAGGGUGGGCGUGCCAGGGCUGCGCAUCAGUGGACACAUCGCUGCCAGGCAGAGCUGCGAUGUCCUGCAAAGCGUCCUUUGCGGGGCGGAUGCCCUGAUCCCAGUUCAGACGGGGGCAGCCGGCUCAGCCAGGCUUACACUGCUGGGAAAUGGCUCCCUGAUCUACCAGGUGCAGGUGGUAGGUACAGGCAGUGAGGUGGUGGCCUUGACCUUGGAGACCAAGCCUCAGAGGAGAAACCAGCGCACUGUCCUGUGCCACAUGGCCGGACUCCAGCUGGGAGGACACACAGCUGUGGGUGUCUGCCCUGGACUCGGUGCCCGAGGGGCUCAUAUGCUGCUGCAGAAUGAGCUGUUCCUGAACGUGGGCACCAAGGACUUCCCAGAUGGAGAACUGCGGGGGCAUGUGUCUGCCCUGCCCUAUAGUGGACACAGCGCCCGCCAUGAGACACUGCCCGUGCCCCUGGCAGGAGCCCUGGUGUUACCUCCUGUGCAGAGCCAGGCAGCAGGACAUGCCUGGCUCUCCCUGGACACCCACUGUCACCUGCACUAUGAAGUGCUGCUGGCUGGGCUUGGUGGCUCCGAACAGGGCACUGUCACUGCCCACCUCCUCGGGCCUCCUGGGAUGCCAGGGCCCCAGCGGCUGCUGAAGGGAUUCUAUGGCCCAGAGGCCCAGGGCGUGGUGAAGGAUCUGGAGCCUGAGCUGCUGCGGCUCCUGGCCCAGGGCAUGGCCUCCCUGCUGAUCACCACCAAGGGGAGUCCCCAAGGGGAGCUCCGGGGGCAGGUGCACAUCGCCAACCAGUGUGAGGUAGGCGGCCUGCGCCUGGCAGCGGAGGGGACUGAAGGAGCGUGGGCGGCCGGGGAUCCCGAUGCAGCAGCUGCGGCACUGCCCCCACUGCCCGCUGUGCUGGACCCAGAGGCUCCCGCGUCAGCCAAAUCAGGCGGCCCAGGGCGCCCGCGAGACCCCAACACCUGCUACUUUGAGGGGCAGCAGCGCCCCCAUGGGGCUCGCUGGGCGCCUAACUAUGACCCCCUCUGCUCGCUAUGCACCUGCCAGAGACGCACAGUGAUCUGUGACCCCGUGGUGUGCCCGCCGCCCAGCUGUCCCAGCCCGGUGCAGGCACUGGACCAGUGCUGCCCUGUGUGCCCGGAGAAACAAGAUGUCAGAGACCUUCCUGGGCUCUCCCGGACCAGAGACCCUGGAGAGGGCUGCUAUUUUGAUGGUGACCGGAGCUGGCGGGCAGCAGGUACCCGGUGGCACCCCGUCGUGCCCCCAUUUGGCUUAAUUAAGUGUGCUGUCUGCACCUGUAAGGGGGGCACUGGAGACGUCCACUGUGAGAAGGUGCAGUGUCCUCGGCUGGCCUGUGCCCAGCCGGUCCGUGCCAAUCCCACUGACUGUUGCAAACAGUGUCCAGUGGGGUCAGGGGCCCACCCCCAAUUGGGGGACCCCAUGCAGGCCGAUGGGCCCCGGGGCUGCCGUUUUGCAGGGCAGUGGUUCCCAGAGAGCCAGAGCUGGCACCCCUCGGUGCCCCCCUUUGGGGAGAUGAGCUGUAUCACCUGCAGAUGUGGGGGGUGCCCCACUGUGAGCGGGAUGACUGUUCAUUGCCACUGUCCUGCGGUCCAGGGAAGGAGAGUCGCUGCUGCUCCCACUGUGCACCCCGGCGGUCCCCAGAGACCAGGACAGUUCCAGAGCUGGCGAAAGAAGCCGAAGGCUCCUAGGGAGCAGCCGGAAGGCCGCCUGACCAAGAGGACGGGGCCUGGGCUAGGGGAAGGACUGGCGCCAAGGACCCUGCAUUCUCCUAUGGGAAACCCAGUGCCUUUGGCCCCUCUUUUCUGCCUCUUCUCCCUCCCCCCACUACCUCUGGUAACCACACCUCCACAAGGGGAAGGGGCAGCCAGGGCAGACCAAGGCCACAGCCACUCAGACUCCCGCCCUGUCACCUUCCAGCCUCUGCCUUGGAAACCCAACUCCUUUCUUUCUGUACAUAAUGUCACUGGCUUGUUGGGAUUUUUUAAUUUAUCCUCACUCAGCACCAAGGGUCCCCCCACUUCACUCCUGCUGCCCCUGAGCUGAGCAGAGUCAUUAUUGGAGAUUUUUGUAUUUAUUAAAAAUUAUUUUUUUUUUUUCAGUC